AAUAGGUAGCCUUUCUCCUGGUCACUACUUUCUUGUCCUCUUUUCACACAUGCUAAUCACGGUGUUCACUGGUGGACGCCCAUAGACCCAUUGGCAUCGGUUCCUCUUUAACGCUGGGAAAUUAUUUCUGCAACUUUAACUGCAUGAAUAUUUCAGUGAUUUUUUGGGGAGUCGGCCCGCACUACAGCAGUACCUCAGUGUGUCAGCAAGGCUCCAACUUUGUGGUACAGAGAGAAUGUCCAAAUGUAUGAAGGUUGAUGGAUCGUUUGAAGAGUAACAGAGCCAGUGCGAGUGAGUUAUAGAGGAAUCCCUCUCACGGACGAAGUCUAUCUUUGGAUUAAUGAAGGAGUGGAUGUAGAUGAUUUCUUGAAGGAUGGAGCAUAUUCACGACAUGAAAUGCAAAAUAGUGGUCGUUGGGGAUAGUCAGUGUGGAAAAACAUCACUGCUGAGCGUAUUUGCGAAAGACUGCUUUCCAGAGGGAUACGCUCCAACGGUGUUUGAAAACUACACUGCUAGUUUUGAAAUCGACACUCAAAGAGUUGAAUUGAGGCUUUGGGACACAUCUGGGUCACCUUACUAUGACAACGUGCGCCCACUGUCCUAUCCUGAUGCCGAUGCAGUCCUCAUCUGUUUCGACAUUAGCCGCCCAGAGACUUUGGACAGUGUGCCAAAAAAGUGGAAGGGCGAGGUGCAGGAGUUCUGCCCCAACACGAAGAUCCUGUUGGUGGGAUGCAAGUCAGACCUACGCACAGACCUCUGCAAUUUCGUGGGAUUCUCCAAUCAUGUCCCGACCCCCGUGUCAUAUGACCAGGGACUGAACAUGGCCAAGCAGAUCUCGGCUCCCUACCUGGAGUGCUCGGCCCUGCAGUCUGAGAACAGCGUGAGAGACAUUUUUCACGUGGCCACUCUGGCCUGCGUCAACAAGGGCCACAAGAAUGUGAAACGCCACAAGUCUUCGAGGGCCACCAGGAGGUGGCCCAGUCGACCAGAACUGGGGACCGUAGUUUCUGACCUUAACAAAUCCAAAGCUAAGAGCUGCACCGUCAUGUGACAUGGGAAAAGAAUGUACACGGUGAACGUAUGACUUUCUUGGGAUUAUUGUUUUUAAGCUGUGUGAUCCCCCCACUCUCUUUUGGAUUUUGUAUGAUAAGCCAUCUAUCCUUAGAACGCUAAUGAAGGGAAGGGACAAUCUUUUGCACUUUAAAUGUAAUGUGGAAACACAAAAGGAAGUAUUAUUGGGAGAGCCGUUUACGGACUUCACCAAGACCGAAACGUUUAAUGAAGACCAAGCCCUGGAUGACAUGCCUGGACUUGUUCCUGAUCUUUUUUUUUGUCCUCAAAAUGCAUCUGGUACUUGGUGUCCCCAAAGGUGCUUCAUUUAGAGGUGAACCAUAAAGUGUGUCUGUCUUCCUGGUACUGAGAGUGAUUUAGGGCCACUAGGGUGACCUAAAGGAAGAUAUUAAUGUAGGUACAUAUGAUGUGCUCUCUAUGUAGAUUGUCAAAAUAGAUAUAGAUGUGUGUGUGUGUGUGUGUGUGUGUGUGUGUGUGUGUGUGUGUGUGUGUGUGCGUGUGUGUGUGUUUUCCCUUUGGAAUACACUGUGCUUUCCAGUGCUAUCCAGCAGUGCAAACCACUGAGUUCCCAUAAAAUCAUUUUCAAACCUGCAUUCCUUUGUACUUAGGUGUGGUUUCAGAUCCUCAUGGUUUGCCUGCAAAUCACAACUAAUGCAUUCAAAAGCCACAGUUGUCAGUGAUCAUUUCUCUGUGUACUUUUAUAGAAUAAAUCAGAACAGCUACUGGCAAAGAUUUCUUAUUAGAAUUAUACCUCUUUCUUGUGUCAUGGUGUAUGGAUGGAUGAACUUUAUAUUAUAUACGAAUGUUGUAUAAUUUUUGGUGUAACAAAAGAGUCAGUAGACAAGGCCUCCCAGUGAUGGGGAUUCUUGAUAAGUCAAGAGUUCAAAGAAGAUUCUGUUUCCUUUAGAUAUACCAUGAUGAAAAGAGUACCAGUAACUACAUUUAUGGAACACCUCCUUGCUAGCCAUAGCCUUUAUUUGUAGUAUUAGAUCCCCAAGUCAGAUACAUUGCAACUAUGUAUGGGGAUUUGCGAAUUGAUGUGCACAGGUGAAACAGAACUGAACAGUAUUUCACAGCCUAGUGAGGGAAAACCACAGCAUGAAGAUUCACCAUUUUUCUGAACCAGCUGUUGCCCUCCGUACUCUCCAGUUAAGGCAUACAAGCCACAGAGCUGCAUAAGGGUGAUAAUGUGCUAUAUGUGUUUUCAGCAUCCAACCUACUGUAUACAUGUUACAGGAAAAGUGAUAAAACGAUUAAAAAGUUACAAAUAAACAAAUUGAAGAAAAAAGCAUAGAUGCAAGAGGAGUUGACCUCUUAAAAAUGAAUGAAGAAAAUGAAUGAAGGUGUACAGUAGUUGAUAUAUUAAAAAGGAAGCAUCUAACUGUGGCCAUUAUAUGAUAUAAAAGUAUUUUUUAACAUG